CUAUGAUCUCAAGUGGUUUUGUAUUCUAUUCAGUAGUUGCUCACCCACGUUGCCAUCAUUUCCCACUUGCGGCAUACAAAAACCCAUCUUUUCGUGUCUUUUCUUAUUUACCUUCUUCUCGUCGUCGAUCAAGAACUGGGUUCAAACUAGUAGGUGCCACGGAAACAGUGAAGCAAGCAAAGUGGCCUAAAGACGAAAGAGGAAAUAUCAUUUGGACUCUUCGAAGAGCCACCAGAAAUGAUGUCCACUUUAUUGUAUCUCAUAGCGAAGUUUUGACUCCUAGCCUAGUGGAGUCAUUGAUAGAAAAUAGCUUGGAAUCUUGUUUGGUUGCCCAGAUUGGUGAAGAUGUGGUGGGAUAUAGUCUCUUUGCUAUAGAGAGAGUCCCAGUAGACUUAAAAAAAGGCUUUGAGUCACCUUUGCAAACCAAUGGUUUAUAUGUUGCCAGUUUUCGGUUGCCUAAUGUUCCCAGUGAAAUGGAAAACAAAUUGGUACUUGGAAGUCUGAAAAUGUUAAAGCAAAAGGGUUGUUUAGUGGUAUCAGCGGAUGUGGCUGUGGAAGAUACAGAAAAGGCGUUUCUUUUAGAAAAGUGUGGGUUUGAAAGAGGAAAUACGGUUGAAAAGGAAGGCAGCGAUUUUAUCGAAUUUCGUAUGAAUUUAGUUGCUUGCAACGUGGAUCCACAGAAAAAGAUCGUUUGAGUAAAAGAAUAGACAUUUUAUAAUCAUUUGUAAAACUCUGCGAUACAAACAGCAUCAACA